UAACCGAGUCAAGGCACUCAAACAGCCAUGGAGUAAAAGAUUCUCAAAAAAAAUGGUGUAAAAAAACAGCAAGCUGCGUCUUCUCGGGCGCCGGCGGCGACACGCACGCCCCGCAACAGCGCCGUAAGUUCCCCGCCGCUCCCCGGACGGCGAACCCGCCCGCCCGUCCGCGAGGCGACGCCGCCACGGCAUCAUGCGCCACGUGCGAACGCCACGGGGCUUCGUCCAGCUCCUCGCCGGCGCCGAGGUGCCGCCGAGCCGGUCCGCCGCGGGGCAGUUCCACGCGGCGUCCACCAAGCUCGGCUUCGCGGCCAACGUCUUCGCCGGCACCGCCCUGCUCAACCUGUACUGCCGCUCCCGCUGCCUGCGCGAGGCCCAGCAGCUGUUCGACGAAAUGCCUGAGAAGACCGGUGUCACCUGGAGCUCCCUCAUCUACGGCCACGCGCGGUCCCGUGAGCCCGGACUCUCCGUUGAGGCGUUUGUACGCAUGGCACGGGCAGGCGUCUCCCCCACCGCGUCGGCCUUGUCCAGCGUCCUGGUCGCCUGCGCGAGGAUGGAGGACGUGGGCGUCGGAGCGAUGCUGCACGGCGUCGCCCUCAAGUGCGGUGUCUGCGGUAGCAGCAGCGUCGUCGUAGGGACUGUGCUGGUGGACAUGUAUGCCAAAUGCUGUGAUGUGUCAGCUGCCCGGCGGGUUCUUGAGGAGACGGAGGAGAAGAACGUGGCUACGUUCACAGCGCUUGUCAGCGGGUUCGCCUCAGCGAGAAAACCUCUUGACGCCAUGGUGCUGGUAAGGGAGAUGCAACAGUCCGGGGUAGCACCGAACGUGAUGACGUACAGUAGCCUCAUCAGCUCGUUCGCGAGCCCUGAGGACCUAGAUCAUGGCAGGCAAGCGCAUUGCGAAGUGGUAAAGAAGGGUCUCGAGCACAAUCCGUAUGUCUUGUCCACUCUUCUGACCAUGUACUCCAAGUGUGGCAGCUUAGAAGAUUUCAGGAAGGUGCAGACGGCUGUUUCAUGUCAGGACCAGGUAUCACUCAAUUCCGUGAUCUCGGGACUCUCCUCGUUGGGAAGAGGCGACGAGACGUUUCACCAGUUCAUGGUGAUGAGAAGGAAUGGCGCUGACACAGAUGUGUUCACUUUUGCCAGCAUGCUGAAGGCUAUAGGCAACUCAUCCUCAUUGCUAGAAGGAAGACAAGUCCAUGCUCUGAUCCUCAAAACAGGACACGAAUCCGAUGUGAAUGUCCAGAACGGUUUGAUGUCCAUGUACGCCAGACACGGCGAGAUAGGAAAAUCCACUGAUGUUUUCGCCUCGGUUCGAGCGCCAGACCUGGUUUCCUGGAACUCUCUUCUGUCAGGGUAUGCUCAGCAUGGGUAUGGACAAGAGGUGGUUCAGGUGUUUGAACAGAUGAGGAGACUGAAUGUUCAACCGGACCAUACAACCUUCUUGUUGGUGCUCACAGCUUGCAGCCGCGUCGGUCUGGUCGAUAAAGGGUUAGAGUACUUCAACCUGAUGAAAACUGACGGGUUUCUCGCAGGGGCACGGCAAGAACACUACGCGUGCAUUGUCGAUCUUCUUGGUCGAGCUGGCCAUCUCCAAGAAGCUGAGUCUUUGGUCCAUGACAUGCCCAUAGAACCCAGUGUGUCGGUGUACAGAGCUCUGCUUAGCGCCUGCCAGAUCCACGGCAACCUCGAGAUCGCGAUCCGGGUGUCGGCGCACCUGAUCGAGCUCUACCCUCAUGACUCGUCUGCUCAUGUUCAGUUAUCGAAGGCCUUUGCUGGCGAUGGGCACUGGGGUAAUGCCGCUGAAGUCAGGGAGGCCAUGGCUGGGAAAGGGAUAGUGAAGAACCCUGCCUGGAGCUGUGUCGAGAACCAGAUACAGGUUGCAUAAGAAGGUUGACAUUGCAUGAUUCAUGUUGUUUAGCAAACCAAUUUGCCUUUGCUGGCCUGGAGUGUGACUUAAUGGUCGCUCAUAAAUCUGAUGAACCCCUGAACCGUUUUGGAGAACAGAUAUCUCAUUGCUUGCUGUA